AUGGAACCCAUCGAACAAUUUACGAGUUUCUUCUUAAUGAUUGCACAAAUCUACGGCAAUGCUACCACGAAAAUUAUGAAGAAUAUCUUGUCGACAAAUCGAAAACUUGCUGGUUUACGUAGCAGAAAACAAUUCUUGUUAGACUGCAGAAGGUUUGCAGUGUACCCGAAAAGUUUAAACGUAAAUUUGAGAUCGUUUAAAUUUUGUUUAUCAAAAAAUGCGUUGGUGAGCCAGGCUGAAAAGUUUUCGAAGAGCAUUCUCAACGAGUCUAUUAAAAGUGUACACAAGGAAAUAGACAGAACCUACAAGAAAUCGUUGGUUUUGGCAGACGAAUUGAAAUCCAAGGUCACACCCAGCUGUUUUGAUGAUUUCAAAAACAACGUGAAGACAGCAUACGAAGGAACAUUCAACAAAUUGUCCACUGAUCAGUUCACUAGAUUGGACAAAAUUCUGCAACCACACAUAGCUAAGCUCAACAUUGACUGUGAAAAUUGGAUCAAGAAUUUAAGUGACGUUACCAUACCGACCAACGUGAAAUACAUUCUGGCUUUAGGUGAUAAGUUCAAUUUGCCUACUGUUAGUAAGUACGUCAACACGAAUCAAAUUAUCGCCAAUUUGGAGCCAACCAUAAAGCAGUUUGGUGAUUCUUCGAAAUUUGAAUUGAGGAACAAGAUUUGUAACAUCAUCACAAAUUUUAAGAAGUCCCCGUCGCGCUUUUCGACGAUUGACGCAUUGAUCAACGCUUUUCACUAUGCAACGCAAAAGUUUUUGAAAGACCAUCCGAAUCUGUUAGUGAUUAAUGCAGAUAAAAGCAAGGUCACAGUACUGAUGGAAAAACGUGAUUACGUGUCGAAAAUGAACGAUUUGUUAAGAGAUGAAAAGACGUAUAAAGUACUGAAUCGAGAUCCGACUCUGUCCAUACAAAGGAAAUGCAACGCCAUCAUUUCACGUUGGCAAAAUUGCCAAUAUAUUAGUGAUGGACAAGCUUGGUUUCUGAGACGUUACAAUGCCGUUUGUUCCAAAUUGUACGGAUUAGUUAAAAUCCACAAACAAGGAUUCCCGAUGAGACCGAUAGUUGCGAGUGUUGAUUCAGCUACGUACAAUCUUUCAAAAAUGUACUCGAACAUUUUAAAAAACGUUACUGGAAAGACGAACCGAACGAUUCUUAAUUCGACCGAGUUAGUGAAGAAAUUGAGACGUGUUCGACUACCGGAAAACUACAGACUGAUCUCGCUCGACGUAGUGUCCCUUUUCACUAACAUCCCGAGUGAAUUAGUGAUCUCAGCUGUAAAUAAAAAGUGGCUCAAGAUAAAGAACUUCACGACGUUACCGAAACAAGAGUUCAUUGCUGGACUCCAACUUGUUUUGGAAGAAUGUUGUUUCCAAUUCAACGACGUUUUUUACAAACAAAUCUUCGGAUCACCAAUGGGUUCACCGGCUUCACCAGUUUUUGCAGAUCUCAUUCUUGAAAUUUUGGAAGAUGAAGUCAUUCGAAAGCUCGGCUACAAACUUCCGUUCUUCUAUCGUUUUGUUGACGAUAUUUUGACUGCAGUUCCAGUAGACAAAAUACAAUCGACCGUACAGGCCUUCAACAAAUACAACAGAAAUAUUCAAUUCACUGUAGAAGAAGAAGAUAGUAAUCACCGUAUUUCUUUCUUGGAAGUAAUGUGCAUUAGAGUUGGAAUGUCAAUUAAGACCGAUUGGUAUCAUAAAGGAACGUGGUCCGGGAGAUAUCUCAAUUUUUUGUCGAAUCUGCCGAUCACAUACAAACGAAACACAGUGUCAUUACUAACUGGAAAAAUAUUAUCGUUAUCCGAACCCGAAUUUCACGAUAAAAAUUUUGACCUGUUGAAGACGACACUCCACCGAAAUUUGUAUCCAAAAAAGUUAGUGGAUGAUAUCAUUGGAAAGGCGAAAGCGAAGUUUGGAACAGUUAAUCCAGUGACACCUUCUACUGAAGUCAGACCGAUGGUUGCGAUACCAUACACAAAAGGACUGUUCGAGAAACUAAAGUCAGCCUGCAAGAAAGAAAUUAUUUUGGUUGGAAAAUCAGAUAAUUGCGUCAAGAAAUCGAUUUUUAGCAGAAUCAAAGACAAGACACCGAUUUUGCAACAGUCGAAUUUGGUAUAUCAAGUGACUUGUGAAUGUGGUGUUAAGUACAUCGGUGAAACCUUACAGUUGCUUCAGAGUCGUUUGAAACAACACAAGUGUGGAAUUAAAAAGAAAGAUGAAGCGUAUAGUUCGCUAGUGCAACAUGUUCUUCGAACCAAUCAUAAACCGUUGUGGGAUGAUGUGAAAAUUCUACAGAAAGAAAAAGUGACGAACAGAAGGGAAGUGUUAGAGACUAUUCAUAUAAAAAAGACUGCGAAUUGUGUAAACACACAAAAAGAAUCAAUUUAUUUAGCUACGACGUACAAUAACGUUUUUUGA